GAUAGAUAGAUAGAUAGAUAGAUAGAUAGAUAGAUAGAUAGAUAGAUAGAUAGAUAGAUAGAUAGAUAGAUAGAUAGAUAGAUAGAUAGAUAGAUAGAUAGAUAGAUAGAUAGAUAGAUAGAUGUGACUAAGCAGUAGUUUCAGAGGGACACACAAGGAAGGAAGGAAGUAAUGAAGGCAUGAUCUGUCACUUCUCAUUUUUACACAUUUCUGGUUUUAUUUCUCAGUCCAGUGUAAGAACUUGCUCCGAUGACUAUCCAACAAAUUGAAAAAGCAAUCACAGAGAGACAUUAAUGAAAGGGAAAGGAGCAUCAACAUGAACUUUGGUUUCCUCUUCACCUACGCAUCUCUUGUGUUUGGCAUAGGCCUACAUUAUUAUGCAUUAAGAAUAUGAAUUUCUGCAGUCGGCGGAUGCAAGAUAGAUGUCCAGCAGCCAAGAAAGCUGAUAAGAAAAAAAGAGCAGUUGUCCGUCUCCAUCCCCUGCUCCGUCACCAUGUCCAGCUGUUCGAAGCGAGACCCGCCUCAGAUCUCCUGGUAUGUGUUCAAGAAAGACUCCCACUACCAGCUCGACCUGAGGAGCCCCUCGGGUAGGUACACCCUGGGGCACGAGGGCCUGACUAUCAGCUCUCUGUCAGAAGAAGACUCUGGGGUUUAUUACUGUGCGGCGGCUCUGCUCAGCCUGGCUCAGAGCGGCGCGCAGGCCAUCGGACAGGGAACCGCUUUGAAAGUCUCUGAGAGGGGCUUAAACGGCGCUCAAGCGCUGCUGUUGACCUUGCUAGUCCUGCUGAUUGUGUACAGCCUCCUUGUUCUGGGCAUCAUCGUCUGCAUAAAGACUGGUCGAUUCAAAUCAGUCUUUAAAAGAAGAAGGAAUAAAAGUGAGAGCAAGGAGGUCUCAGCUAGACAAGUGAUCUUCAGUGGAGUGGUGCAAGAGCUGAGCAAGAGGAACUUAGUGGGUGACAAAAUGCAAACGGCAAAGCUUCUCAGAAACAAACGUCUUCGGCUUAUUCCUUUAAGCCAAAUGCUCAGUGAUUUGAAAUCAGAGAUUUUCACACGUUUGCUACACGAUUAGUGCAUGUCACAGCCUCACUUUUGUCUUUUUUACCUUCCUAGUCUACUGGUCCUGGGAAUGGGUGCUACAGUGAAGAUAUUUACCAAAACCUUGAUGAGUGAAGACUGGGAGUGCCCCGAUCCACGCUUGUCCUGGAAGCUGUCGUUUUGGGAAAAGACGUUUAACUGCAACAUAUUGCAUUUUUGCACUCAUUUAAAAUGAAUGUUCAUGUUUUUACCAAGCGUGCUAUUUUUAGCGAUUAUAAGAAAUGAACUUCCAAAAUUGCGACAUGCUGUCUGUUGAUGACCUUUUACAAUCAUGUGAGAAGUUGUGAUGUAUUCAAAAUGUCCCUGUUAUCAGUUAGCACCGUAACGGCAUAUUUCAUUAUUUUUUUUAAUAUUAUUAUUUGUUAUGUUAUUACCAUAUAUAACCAUAUAUUAUUUGUUCUUUUUUUGACCAUCAACCAAGUUUUCUUUUAUGUGUCUUCUUUAUCUACAUCUACAAAGAUAGCAAGACAACACCUAAUUUCUUUACUUGAUACAUUUACCUCAAAUCUGACUUGGUCUCAUUUCAAACACACCAAACUUGCACAAAUUGGGUUUAAAUAUUUAGUUACUAAGCAAUAAUCAAAUGUGACACAAACCGAUUCAAAAUGUUUUCUUCUUCUCUCUCUUUCAGUUUAUUUUUUUUAAUAAAUCAUUUAACGUAAAAUUUAA